GUAGUAUUUCCCAACGUUUAGAGCAAACUUUAAUGGUGGAUUUAAGGUUUAUGAAAUAUGAAUGUGCAUCUUCCAUCUAUAUAUGAGUUUCUUUACGCUAAAAAGCAACUUUUAUAUUUGUUUACAAAACAUGUGCAUAGUUACUAGGAAUCCCAGGCUUGCGCAGUAAGUUCGACACCGAUUAACUCACUUCCGGAUUUUUAUUUUUUAUUUAAUUCCGCAAAUGUGUAAAAUGUCAACCGAGCUAACAGUAUUUAAUGAUCUUCCAUUCUUAGCAUGAACAAUAAUAUCUCAGGGUAGAGUCGUUAAUUCUGAAAAACGUUUUUAAUUAUAAUAUUCAGAGCAGAGUUUUCGUGGGAAAAGUAGUUCCUUUAAUGGACAGCUGGGUAAUCAGUGAAGAAAUAAAUAAAUUAUAUUCCGAAGGAAAAGUGUGAUUACCAAUGAUUCGAUUUCAUAUAAAAAAUGGGAACAAAAGUAUCAUGAUCUAUGUUUUGUAGUUCCUGGUAAAUAUAUUCCAGGGGCCUUUGAUGCAAUGCAGCAUUUCUCCUGUCAACACCUUUGUUUGGUAAAACAUGAAAAAUACUGUCAGAUUUAUUGGACUAAGUGAGUACUGUUGUGAACAGAAAAACUUUGGUGUUUAGCAAAAUAGCUUACAUGUGAUAUGCAGAGAAGGGAACACGAGAAAGGUGACGACAAUUCCAGAAGAAAGUCAUCUGGACGUUCAAGUAUGCAUGGCUCAAGUCGUCCAUCUGGUUCAGGGAAUUCGGGCGUGUUGAUGGUCGGUCCCAACUUCAGAGUUGGGAAAAAGAUAGGAUGUGGAAAUUUUGGAGAGUUACGGCUUGGAAAGAACCUGUACAACAAUGAACAUGUAGCAGUGAAACUAGAGCCCAUGAAAUCUCGGGCACCUCAGCUGCAUUUAGAAUACAGGUUUUAUAGACAGCUUGGGCAAACAGAGGGCAUCCCAAAUGUCUACUACUUCGGUCCGUGUGGGAAGUACAAUGCGCUGGUGCUGGAGUUACUGGGCCCGAGCCUGGAGGAUCUGUUCGACUUGUGUGAUCGCAAGUUCUCCCUGAAAACAGUGCUCAUGGUCUCCAUACAGAUGUUACAUCGAAUGGAGUUUAUUCACUCCAAGCAUCUCAUUUACCGAGACGUAAAACCGGAAAACUUCCUGAUAGGCCGGAACUCAACACGAAAGCAGCAUAUCAUCCAUGUGAUUGAUUUCGGUCUUGCAAAGGAGUACAUUGACCCUGAGACUCACAAACACAUACCAUAUCGGGAACACAAAAGCCUUACUGGCACAGCUCGAUACAUGAGCAUCAAUACACAUCUCGGCAAAGAGCAAAGUAGACGAGAUGAUUUGGAGGCCCUAGGUCACAUGUUCAUGUAUUUCCUGCGAGGUAGCCUCCCCUGGCAGGGCCUCAAGGCAGACACAUUGAAGGAGCGCUAUCAGAAAAUUGGUGAUACAAAACGAGCAACACCAAUAGAGGUGUUAUGUGAAAACUUUCCAGAGGAGCUUUCCAAGUAUUUACAGUAUGUUCGACGUCUGGAUUUCUUUGAGACUCCAGACUAUGACUACUUGCGCAAGCUGUUCACAGAUCUAAUGGAGAAAAUGAACCUUGACUGUGAUUGGGAGUUUGACUGGGUUGGCAGACAGCCAACGCCAGUGUCAUCCCGUGACCAGGACACAACUGUAUCGCCAAUCAAGGACCCCCACCGGGACCACCGAACUGCUAACACUAAGGGCAGUUCGAAUGCGCGGGGCCAGGCGUGGGAGGCCCCUCGGGGACACCACGGUGCUUAUCUCGGCUCUAACCUGGCCGCGGAUAGGCACGGUGGAUCUGUGCAGGUGGUGAGUUCUACCAACGGUGACCUGCUGGUUGAUGAUCCUACGGCUGGGACCUCAAACACUGCUAUCACACAACCCCCAGCUGUUGAGGUGGUCGACGAGACAAAGUGCUGUUUCUUCAGAAGGCGCAAGAAAAAACGAGUUCGGAGGACAUGAGCAUCAAUGUGAACUUUCUGUUCAAUAUGCACUCUCUGUGGAUCUAUAUGACUUUUUAAGGGACAACUUAAGUGUUUUAGUGUAACUGUGCUUGUCUGAUCUUUAUGUGGACUUUGCACAAGUGUAGACUAUCAGAUUAUGCGUACAUUUCAAGUCAAUAUCAAUAUUGAUGUUUUUACAAAAGAGCUCUGAUUAAUAUAAAUCACGAUGAAGAUUUUUAUCAUGUUUGAAAUACAUGAUAAAAACUAAAAACAAUCAUGAUUUCGAAGAAGGGAUGCAAGUGGAAUUUUGUGGUUGCUUUGUUAAAUGAAAAUACAGUGCUCCAUUAUUCAGAUGAGUGCACUAUUGUAAAAAUUUACAUCACCUGUGAAUGUUUUCCUCUGAAGAUGUUGCUGUUUUCGGCGUACGGUAAAGCGGACCCGACACAAAGACAAGCGUCGGAAAUGACGGCUUGGGUUUGGCCACAGUCAGGAUACAGCCCCACUACAGCUCUCCCCGGAUGACGAAUCAUCACCACCGGUCUUCGGAACACGCCUUUCAAACUUUGGCUUCGCAAACCAGACAUUUUUAUAGUGCUUCUUGAUCUAUGUUCUAUUGAAAUCAUUACACAGAGUAUCAUAACAACUGCCUUGAUAACUAAUGGAAACAAGUAUUAACUCCACUCUUAAUAUACAUUUUCAAAAGGAUUGGUUAUACAUUGUCUUGAUAUUCUGCUUGAGAUUAUAUUCCACUUACCAGAAUAUUUUGCUGAACAGCUAUGGGACAACAAUAUUAUCAGACUUUAUGAGCUGGCCAUGACUUUUUUUGUUCAGGGACAUCUGAUGAGCUGUUCUGAUCAAGAACUUCUCAUAUCAGCUUUGCUCAACUCAGUUAAUGAUUUCACUGUGAACAUAGCUAGCAAGCUGACAAUGAAGGAUCAUUCCAGAGGUGUUAUUUGCUAUUCAGGCGUAGUGCAGGCUUUAUAAUAGCAAUAUAAAUCCAGCUUGAGAGUCACAAUCUCUGUGCUGUGGUAACUGAUGUCAAAAGUGCUAAAUACUAGAUAGUCAGAUAAUUGUUGGCCAAUGUUCAAUAUAAUUAUAUUUCAUAUACAUGUAACUCUUUAUGACAAAUGGAGUUCUUUCAUUGACAUAUUAUUCUUAAACCAUGCUGGGAAAAAUUCGGUCAAUUUUAAUGGGCGCUUAUUUUGAUGAAAUAUCUUGAUGUUUUGGUGUGAACUCGGCACUGUUUUGAUGUGAACUCGGCACAGUGUACUGUUAGAUGGGAAUGCACUUAAAACAUAAUAACACAGUAACUUUAUUCUUUGCGUACAAUAAUGAAUAUAGCCAGGGCAAUAAGGCUGUCUGUAUUCAGAGUGUGGCCAAACAUAUUGACUUGCCAUUCAGGUUUAUAUUUCGACCAUACCCGCAAUGUGACUUCGGUCACUGCAAUUCUUCAUAACUGUGUAGUAAUUCUCUUGUUCUGCCAUAAUAACCUGUUUCUAAUUGUUUCUGUGUUACUUAUUUCCACAUUAAAAUAUUUCACAGUCACCUUUUCAUGGUGUCAAUAUUGCAUAUUUAUGUAUAGAUACAUGCUAUGUCCUUUUAGAACAGUUUGGCUUUAAUUAGUUAAGAAGUCUUCAGAGCUUGUUAUAAGGCUGAACUGACUUAAAGAAAAGAAAAAAAACAAUACUAAACUGUACUUGUAUUUUUUUCAGUGUUUAUUAACAAAUGUACUGGAUUGAAUUGAAAAGUAGUAUGCUGGAUUAAGUAUGUUAACAUUAUAAAAACUACUGUUGAAUGAAUGAUUUAUUAAAGGUAGAAUCUAACAAUUGGUAUUAUAUUGACCCAAAGUUCAAAGCAAAACUCAUAUAUUGUUCUUCAAUUAUAUUUUUCGCUUGGCAUUUUGUAGCUGGGUGUAUGUUACUGUAAAUAAUACUAAAUAUGUCUGUAAAUGUCUGCUUUUAUUAUUUUCUGUUUUACUUGUAUUGAAAGCAGUUAAAAUAUUGUUUACCCUUUUGAAAACUGUUCUUAUAACAUCUAUUAGAACUGUCACUGUAAAUUGUACUUGAACAUACAUUAUUUACUCUUAUUGGAUUUAGUGAGGAUUUCAUCAAAUAGUUACCGUUGAGAUCUCACAGAACGGACUGUUACAUUACAAUGUGUUUCAAUAGCUCUUGGCAUUUUUAUUUCGUUGCCAAAUAGGGCUUGUCCAAUAUGUUAGGUCUUUGUUGGUAAAAAACCUUCUAAUGCCAAGACUGAGGAGGAUGUUAGAUGGUGUAUGAAUCAUUGUGUAUUUUAUUUUCUAUUGUAUCCAUCAGAAUUGCUGAAGGAACACUUACAUGGUUACAUUUCAGUUAUUUGAAAUCAUGCUGAUUGUACUCAAGAUGUAAUACACAGUUCAUAAUUAUUCUCAUCAUUUUGUACAAGUACGUACAUGUGUUUAGGUUUUAUUUAUUUAAUUUAGCUGCAUAUGAAUAUCAUUGUAAAUAAUGCACUUGGAUCAGUUAAAAAUUACAAACUUUAUUAAAAAAAAAAUUGUUCAUUGUUUGAUGUGCACAUGUUUCAAUCAUCAUGUAAAUACUGACUUGAGUCAUAUUGUCUUUAUGUUUGAUAGAUUUUAUUGAUGACUGUUUUAAUAAUCCGAUGUCCAGUGUGCUCGUGUGUCAUGUUUGGAUGGUGAUGAUGAUGCAGUAGCAUAUACAUAUUUUGGGAAAUGAUCAAAGUAAUGAUAGCACUAUGGACCAAUAUGACUACAGAAUAACUGUGUGUAUUUGUGAACAUAACUCUGUGUGACUGAGGUAGGCAUUUGAACACAUGUUAGUUAGUCUGGUCCAUUGAUUUCUAAAGGAGCACUUUGUUUUAUGGUCAUGCUUUCUUUUCAGUUUGUUAUUUGACUAUAAAUCACUUAGACAACAUUAUGUUCAAACUUAAAGGCGUGAAACUGUCUAUUUAGUUACAUUUAAAGUCAACCAAUGGUUUUCUGGGCAGGAGGCAAACUGUCAAUAUUUGAGUGAUGGUGUUGAGAAAGUGUACAUUUUAUAUACUGGUUGUGUUGUUUACCUGCAGAGCAGGAUCAUGAAUUGUGGUCGCGAGAAGUUUGCCUGCUGACCAGAGGCUCUAACUCACAACUGUGUAUGAGACUUGAGUUUAGGUGUUGGCAUGCAGCCACCUGUUAGUAUGAAUGUAUAAAUUUCAUUAUAACUUUGUCAAAGGGGCAGACUAAUGCUCCUGCUUUCUUGAAUAAACAAUUUUAAGACAUAAAA